GUGAAGUUCCGUUGACGACGACAUACAGAGAGACUUGUAGCAAGUACAGAGAGACAGUGUUUCCUUUUUUCUGACGGAUCUUCAGGUCCUCUCAUGACCCCUCUGACUUGAUCUGUGACUUGGUUUUCUACAUACACCCAGGUUAUUGCUCAUCUUUCUGAUUCAUGGUUAUUUCUGUUCAUGUUAUUGGCUAAUAUAAUAUUAUGAAUGCUGAAUUGUUUUUCUGGUCAUGUUUUUGCUUGAAAAACUAGUACCACCAUUCCAGUUAGCGUGUAUUCAAUGGCAUCGACCACCCAACGAGCCACUUCAUCUGUUCCUUCAGAUCUUGAAUGGAAGUAUGAUGUCUUUUUGAGUUUUAGGGGUGAGACGCGGUUAGGUUUUACCGCCCAUCUACUUGAUAAAUUGCAAGAACAAGGAAUUACAAGAACUUUCUUUGAUGACAAAGAUCUUGAAAUACGAAGGAAAGUUUCUGAACUCUUCUCGGCAAUUGAAAAGUCGAGGCUUGCCAUCAUUGUCAUCUCUCCAGACUACGCUUCUUCAAAAUGGUGCCUGAACGAACUCGUAAAGAUUCUUGAAUGCAUGGAAGAGAGAGGGGCAGUUCUACCAGUUUUCUACGAAGUGGAACCCUGCGAUGUUGGAGAUAGGUCUGGGAGUUUUGGGAAAGGCUUCACUGAACUCGAAGAGAAGUAUAAGGAUGACAAAGAGAUGGUGGGACGAUGGAAAGCUGCCUUAACAAAAGUGGCAAAAAUCAAAGGGUGUACUUCAAAGAAUAGAGAAGAACCAGAGCUCAUCCAAAACAUUGUUGAAAAUGUACGGAAUGAAGUAGGACCUUUAUCAUUGGAGCCUGCAGAAAAACUAGUUGACAUUGAUUCGAAACUGAAGGAACUUGAUGUGCUUUUAGAACUAGAGUCAAAUGAUGUUCUCUUUAUAGGAAUAUGGGGGAUGAGUGGGAUAGGUAAGACAACCCUUGCCAAAGCAUGUUAUGAGAGGAUUCGUCAUAAAUUUCAAGCCAAAAGCUUUCAUGGCGGAGUUAGAGAGGAUUCUAAGGCACACGGUAUGGCCAGUGUACAGAGGAAGCUUUCCAAUAGCCUUAUGAAAAAAAAUAUACAAGACUGGGAUGCCGGUGAAGCUGCCAGUUGGAGAAGUUUCUUACUUGAGAAAAAGGUUCUCAUCAUUCUUGAUGACGUGGACGAUAGUAACCAUUUAAGAGAGCUAUGUGGAAAACCAGAUUGGUUUCGUCAGGGGAGUAGAAUCAUUAUUACCACUAGAGAUGAACGCUUGCUAAUUUCACAUGGUGUAAAAAAAGUAUUUGAGGUGCCGGAGCUGAGUAAAGUUGAUGCUCUUAAACUUUUUAGCUUGAGAGCCUUCCGUAGAGAGAAUCCGCCUGAAAGUUAUAAGGCUCUGUCUGACAGUUUUGUGGACUAUGCCAGUGGCCUUCCAUUAGCUCUUGAAGUCUUGGGGUCUUUUUUGUAUGGAAGAGAUCUAGAUGCAUGGAGCAGUCAAUCGCGCAAACUAGAGGGUGAUUUCACAUUGGAUGAAAAAAUUAUGAAGAUUCUUAUAACAGGUUACGAGGGAUUAGAUCCGCAAGGGAGAGAGAUUUUCCUUGACAUCGCAUGUUUCUUUAAAGGAGAGGACAAAGAUCGAGUAUCUGAAAUACUUGACAGUUGUGGUUUUAAUCCAGGUAUUGACAUAGAUGUCCUUAUGGAGAAGUCUCUGAUAAAAAUUUCAGAUAACAGGGUGUGGAUGCAUGAUUUGUUACAAAAAAUGGGUCAAACAAUUGUUGUUCAACAAUCUAAACAACCUGGUGGACGAAGCAGAUUAUGGCUUUCUAAGGACAUCUUUCAUGUUUUGAAGGAAAAAACGGGGACACCGACGGUUGAAGGCAUUGUCCUAGACUUGCUUGAAUCAAAAGAGGUCAAAUGCCAUCCUGAAGCUUUUUCUCAGAUGUUUAAUCUUAGAUUGAUCAAAGUCCAUAACGUGCACCUUCCUGAAGGACUCAACAGUCUCCCUAAUUCCUUGAGAUUUCUUGAAUGGAUAGAUUAUCCUCUAGAAGAUCUCCCAUCAGAAUUCAACCCGGAAGAGCUCGUUGAACUUAGUAUGUGUCAUAGUAGAAUUAAACAGCUCUGGAAUGAAAAAAAGACAUUACCGAGUUUUGGCAAUUUGAAAAUGUUAAAAGUACCUUUCAAGUCAAAAUAAUGGAGAUUUGCUGCUGCGCAUCGGACGAUUGUAUAGCCGUUGACAUUUCAUUAUCCAUUCCUAUGCUAGAAGACUCUCAGAUCUGGAUUUGAUCGGUCUGAGUUUCCAUAAGAAAGAAGAGAGAGAAGAGAGCAGAGAUUUCCGUUGGGAUCCAUGGCCACCACGCAUACAAAUGAGUACGAUGUCUACUUCAGUUUCAGUGGCCAAGACACCCGCAUGAGUUUCGCGAGCCAUCUAUAUGCGGCUCUGAGUAGAAACGGAGUCGUCGUAUGUAGACACAAAGAUGUACGUUAUGGGGCAGAACCCAAUAACUCACUAAUCCGCAAGGCAAUCGAAAGUUCAAGAAUUGCUUUGUAGGUUAUGUCCAUCUUCUAAUGGCAGGAAUCAUGUUUUCUCGUCUACUUAUUGUCUCCACAAGAUUGGUGUGAAAAUAAAUCUAAUAAUGCUGAAAUAAGAACUUUGAAUUAGUUUCUUGUGAAAUU